CUUCACUGAUCAAGCACAAAAAAAAAAAACACUCAUCUCUGAACUUUUUCCAUUCUCUCUAUAAAAAAUUAUUGCUGCGUUUUACUGUUUACACUCUGUCGUUUCACAAAACAGAGUCGUCUCGUCUCCUUGUCUUGAAGACUUGAAGUGAUUUUGGAUAAAAAUGGAUGCCAGGGGUAAAAAGAGGCAGCUAGAGGAGGAAGAAGAGCAGGAUAAACGCUAUAAGUUUAAGAUAUUAUUACCUGAUGGAAUGACUGUAGAGUUAUCACUGAUAAACCCUGGCAGUGAGAUGAAGUUUCAGGAAUUUAUGACACGUGUGAAAAAUGAGUACAUUUCAUUGAAGAGACGUCAGGAAACAAAGAUUAAGAGACCUGUGAAUUGGAAUGGAGAAAAUGUGUACCUAGAGGAUGUUAAUGACAAUAAGUUUAGAAGCAGGAUUAAUUUUGGUUAUUUCAAGCCUUACAAAUGUCAUUUUUUGAAGUUUUAUGAUGGGUCUGCUGUUGAUAUUGAUCACUUGUAUCAGAAUAUGUGGGAUUUGACUCCUGAUACUGAUCUACUAACAGAGUUACCAGAGGAAUAUACUUUUGUAGCUGCGCUUGCAGACUUGAUUGAUAAUUCCUUGCAAGCAGUUUGGUCGAAUGGUAAAAAUGAUAGGAGAUUGAUCAGAGUUGACGUUAUGGAGGAUAAGAUUUCAAUCUUUGAUAGUGGUCCCGGAAUGGAUAAUAGUGAUGAAAAUUCUAUAGUAAAGUGGGGAAAGAUGGGUGCCUCACUUCACAGAUCAUUUAAGGCGAAGGCAGUAGGCGGUGAACCGCCGUACUUAAUGCCCUAUUUUGGCAUGUUUGGAUAUGGAGGACCUAUUGCAUCUAUGCAUUUGGGGAGGCGUGCAUUAGUGUCUUCUAAGACAAAAGAGUCAAGAAAAGUGUAUACCCUACAUCUUGAGAGAGAAGCUUUACUUAGCAAGUCCCGUACAGAACUAACUUGGAGGACUAAUGGAGGAAUGAGGAAUCCUUCGGCAAAGGAGAUUGAAGAAUCUUCCCAAGGAAGCUUUACAAAGGUUGAGAUAUUGGAGAUUAAAAUGAAAUAUCCGGACAUACGUCAACUCCAAUGUAGGUUGAAGGACAUCUACUUUCCGUAUAUUCAGUGUGAUGACCCAUCCAACAAAGGGAAGACUGUUACACCAAUUACUUUCCAGGUUAAUGGUGUUGAUUUAGCUGAGGUUGAAGGUGGGGAGGUCUCAAUUACUAAUUUGCACUCUUGCAAUGGCUCUGGAUUUGUAUUCCAGCUGCAUUUUAGUGUCAAACAAGAUAUGGACGGAACCAGAACUCCAGGAAAAUGUUCAAAGGCAUCUCAAAAAGCUAAUGCACAACUGAAGUGUUUUUAUUUUCCCAUUGUUGAGGGGAAGGAGAGUAUCGAGAACAUUUUAGGCAGGCUGAAAGAUGAAGGUUGUGGAAUUCCCGAAAAUUUUGAGACCUUUUCGCGAGUCUCAGUUCGGCGGCUUGGUCGUCUACUUCCAGAUGCCCGCUGGGCACGCCUUCCUUUUAUGGAAUUCAAUCAGAAAAAGGGAGAUAGGGCUCACUUGUUAAAGAGAUUUUGCUCAAGAGUUAAAUGUUUUAUUGAAACUGAUGCGGGUUUCAGUCCCACUCCUUCUAAGACUGAUUUAGCACAUCAUAAUCCUUUUACUAGUGCUUUGAAGAACUUUGGUAGCAAGAAGCUUGAUAAAGAGAAAGAAGUCAAUAUUCAAAUUUUCCGAGAUGGUAAACUGUUAAGUCCUUUAGUAUUUGAAAAGGAGUAUCAAGAAUGGAUUUUUCAAAUGCACGAGUAUGAUCAAGAAGUUGACUCCGGUGAGGAUGAUGCAGUGCUUGUUGUCAACCCGACAAACAAAAAGGGGCUUGGGAUUGCUUCUGAUGUUGUGAGAGUUCAUCAGGGUUUGAAGAGGAAAGGUGCAUUUUGGAAAUCUGGUCAAAAAAUAAAAAUUCUUAAGGGUGCUUGUCCAGGAGUUCAGAAAACCAACAUAUAUGCAACAAUAGAAUAUCUUCUGAUUGAAGGAUUCCAAGGAGAUGCUGGUGGGGACGCUCGAAUAAUAUGCAGACCGCUGGAUGUUGCGGAUGAUGAUGGCUGCACCCUUGCAGUGAAAGAUGGGAAUGCCAGUUUGAAUAUCCAUAGGUCUUUGUCACUACCUAUUAGUGUGGUUGAUUCUGGAAAGUGCAUAGCUGUUGAUACUGCCGAGUGGAAUAAUCAACUUGAGAAGCAACGUAUGAAAGCUCCCUCUAUUAUUGAUUUUCUGAGUGCAGAACAUUGUCGCGAACUGGAAGUUAAUGGGGCAUUACCUUUUAGUGCUACCGUUGAUGCUGGACAAGUUCCUCCAUCUGAAAUAGUGGCAGUUGUUCGGCCAGCCAGUUUCAUUUCUUCUAAUACUUCAAACAAUUUGGAUCAGAAGUAUAUUGUUAAAAGUAACUCAGAAAUGUCUAUGGGAGUUCAAUUCAGAAGAGACACUAAGGACCGCUGUGUAGAGCCUAUAUACUCUACCCGCAUAACUUCGUCAUGUCGUAAAGGAAUUGGUGGUUUAUAUAUUUUUUCACUGGUCCCGAUAUUAUCCAGAUUAUUUCGAGAAUCAGGUGUCUAUACAUUUUCCUUCUCACUUGUUGGUUCGAGUGUUGAGGAUUUUAAGAAAAGUGUGAAAGUUAGGGCAUCUUCAGCUGUGGGGAAAUGGAAACUCUUACAUGACAAUGGUAGUCGGCCAUGUACUAUGAGGGUUGGUUCAGCUUUUCAAACACUAGGUAUUGCAUGUUAUGACAAAUUUGGCAAUAGGAUGCCAUUUGUAUCACUUCCAGCAGUGACUGUCAAACUAAAUUUUCAUACUGGCCUGAGCUAUGAUAUAGAUAACGUUAAGACACGUCUAUCUUCUGAUAAGUUGACUCUAGAAGUAAAGGAACUGCUGAUUGAAAGCGCCAGGUUGGAUGAAAUACGGCCGAAUUAUGAAGCAACUUUGCUGAUAUGCCCCCAAGAUAACUUGGCUACACUCUCUGUUCAAUGUAAAGUCGUUCCGGGGUCAUUGGAUCAUGUUGUAGUCAAUCCACCAUUAUUGGAAAAACAAUUGCUUCCAGGUUUUGUGGUCAAGGAGUUGUUAUUAGAGAUGUUUGAUAAAUAUGGUAAUCAUGUUAGAAGCGGCUUAGGAGUUCAACUGAACUUGGAUGGCUUUCAAAUCCUUGACCAAAUAGGUUCAAACCGUAAGGUGGAUGAUAAAGGAUGCAUUGACCUCAGUGGUCUCCUGAAAGUGACAGCAGGUUAUGGAAAGACAGACAGCAUUCUGUUGCACUCUGCAGUGUCAAUUUCAGUUUCAUCUAAUGACAGAGUCAUUCUGAAGGAAGAAUUUCAAACUGGCAAGAGGGAGCUGAGACUGGCAUCAAAUAUGCCCGAAUCUUUAGUUGCUGGUUCUCAGCUGGAAAAUGUGGAAUUUCAAGUUGUCGACUCUGUGGGUGAUGUUGAUGAAACAAUUCAUGAUGAAGAGAAAUUUAGCCAAUCUCAUACAUUAAAAAUAAUUUCAAAUACAUUUGAUUCAGUUGGCAUCCAGUAUACUUUCAGAUUUGGAUGUGCCACUGUACCUGUUAUUCCCGUACCUGCAAAUGAAGGAAACUAUAGCUUCACAGCUGCUCACACCCGUUAUCCAGAAUUACAAUUGAGUUUCAAUGUGUCUGUCACAGAAAAUCUGGACUAUAAUGAAUUUCAGUCUCCUUGUUCAGAUAGACAGGUCUUACUGCUCCAGGAUUCGGCAUCGCUUAAGCAUUUAGGAAAUUUGACUCCACAUGACAAUGAAGGAAACUUAAUGCUGUCUAUCGUAAACACUGGGCAGCCUCUUCAGGAUGAGAUUGGCAAGUACGGUGAGCGAAUUGGAGACUAUGAAAAGAAACUAAAAUUGCUUGAUGAUAUGAAGCUUGAUCGUGAAUCAAGCUUAUCAAAGCUGCAAGCUUCUAUUGGACCUGAAGAGUUCAGUUAUAUGAGCUCUGUAUCAACAAAGGAGGAAAUUACAGAACAAAUUAAGAGCAGGAGUCAUUCUGCAGCUGCCAAGAUUUGCAGUCUUUCCAUAGAUUUUCCAUUUCAGGAAUCUCAGAAUCAUUUCAUGCAGGACAUAGUUGGUUUGGUUGCUUUACUUGGAACAGUUGGCAAAAAGGGAUUAAGCAGGGUAUUAGCAGAGUACUUGGGUGAAGAUCAAAUGCUUGCCGUCGUUUGUCGUUCCUAUGAAGCUGCUACUGCUCUCGAGAAAUUCAUAACUUCUGAAAAAUCUACCUCUGGCCGAUUUCUGGUUAUAAGCCUUGAGGAUUUGAGGGUUUACAGAUAUGUGGAAGAGGAUGCACCACAGAGAACAUUAGCCUUUCCCGAGCCUAUGUUGCCAAGUGGGAAUGCACCUCCUGGUUUCGAGGGGUAUGCAGUGAAUAUGAUCCAUUUAGAUAUGGAGAUCAGAAGUGGCGGGCAUCGUCUGAGAGAGACGUUGUUCUACCAACUUCUUGGUGAGCUCCAAGUUUAUAAGAGCAAGGAGCAUAUGAACAAUGCUCGCGCUUGUAUUACACAAGGUGCUGUCUCUCUAGAUGGUGGAAUUAUAAGGGAGAAUGGAAUUAUUUCUCUUGGUUAUGGGAACCCCGAAAUUUGUUUUCCUGUCGAAAUGGAUCUUUCUCUAGAAAUGAUUGAGGUGAAGCUGCAAAUUGCAGAACUGAGGGAACAGUUGCAAGAGAUUGCGAAGUCAAUAGAGAAGGUGAGUAGAUUGCACGAGAAAGCUAUGAGAAAGUUCAAGAAGAGAAGUGCCCAGUUUGAAAAUUUUAUUGGUAGUUUGGACCAGACCAAAACUGAGCCUAACUAAGUCACAACAUGCUUCUUAUUUUGCCCAUAUCACUUGAUAUAUAAUGUUUUGGGGGUUAUUUACAAAUGAUAUGAAUAGAGAGAUUGGUAGAAAGUACUGUUGAUUAGAAUAACUGUGGUCUUCUGAUUUACCAAAUAGAGUCUGGAAGAAGAAGAAGAGGAGAGAUGAUAUGUUUAUCAGUUUAAUUUGUAUAUUUGGUAGCGAAUUGAUUGGAAUUUAGUUGUUAAUUAUUACUUAUAUAAAUUAAUUAAGAUAUAGCAUCCA